CAACCAAUCAGAGAGAGCGGUUUAUCACAAGGAAGCAGAGCCACAACGGGUCAUUCUCACACUAGUCCAUUAGUCAGCAGCAGUAAGCGUGAAACGAUGCCGUUUAUAAAUGUAGAAACCAAUUUACCUGCAAGCAAGUUUCCAGAAGACUUACUGAAAAAACUAUGUACAACCUUGGCUGCAGCUUUGGGGAAACCGGAAGACAGGAUGAAUCUGGUGGUGAAGACUGACCUGCCGAUGAUGAUCGCGGGGUCUUGCUCCCCGUGUUUGUUGAUGUCCUUGUCUGCCAUUGGAGUGACUGACACUGCGGAGAAAAAUAAGGAGCACAGCGCCAAAAUCUUCCAGUUUCUGAAAGGAGAGCUUGGGCUUAGCGAUGACCGUAUUUUGAUACUGUUCUACCCUCUGGAGCCACAUCAGAUUGGAAAAAAAGGAACUGUGAUGAGCUUCUUAUGAGACUUCACAUUCUUUUCUUUUUUUUAAGUGAAUUCUUCUUAUGUGAUUCCUGUUUGGGAUUCAACUAGCUGGACAUGCAUUGUUCCUGGGUGAUAGGACCAAUUGUUCUUAUAGGAUUAAGAAUAUUUCCUAAUUUUCUUAAAUAGUAGCCUGUGAUUUGAAAAUAAUCACUUUACUAAAAUAAAUAUCAAAUGCAUUUAGCAUUUUGAUAGCAGAUCAUAUGGUGGGUUGGCUGUGUCUAUUUUUAGACAAUAAGGAAAAUAAUUUGAUAAACUUGUAAGGGAGUUAAUUGUAUGAAUUGAAUUAUGUAUUAUGUUAGCUCAGUGUUUGUCACUUUUCCUUAGAAAGUACCAUCUUCAAUCAAUCAGUUUAUGUGUCAACCACAUAUACGGGUCAAAUCAGACCAUGAAAAUAUAUUAUUAAUAAUGUUUUAUUAGUGGUUUUUUUUUUUUUGAGAUGUUGUUUGUAUAGCACAGAGCAUAACUGCACACAAACAAAAUGUCUUUUCUCACUAAUUCUGUUUAUCAUCAACUGUGUUUGUCAAGUACAUUGAUUCAGAAAAGUGCUAAAAUUAAAAUGGAAAAACAAUUAAAAAUUGCCCCUGAAUAAAA